AUGGCCUGGAGCCUCCUCUCUGUCCCGAGGUCAGGCCGCACGUGCCCUCCCGUAGCCGCCGCGCCGCCGCGUGCCACCUCACCUUACAGGCUGAGUCAGCUCACGCUGCAGUUAGUGGAAGACCUGCAGAUUUUUCACCUGAGCUCGCUUGGACCGCGGGUUACAUCAAACCCAUGUUCACCAAACCCCUGGCAAUUCUCAGCGCUGACCGAAGUGAUCUUCCGCUUUCUAACAGAGCCCAAGGAGGUGGAAAGGUUUCUGACCCAGCUCUCAGACUUUGCCACCAUGAAUAAACUCAGCUUAGGCCCUCUGAAAAACAUCGUCAAAAGUAUUCUUCUGGUACCUAACGGUGCCCUGAAGAGGAAUCUGUCUUCUGAACAAGUCAGAGCAGAUUUUAUCGCUUUAGGACUCAGUGAAGAGAAAGCAAGUUAUUUUGCAGAACAGUGGAAGCUGAAUUCCCCCACGCUAACACGCCUGGCUGUUGGUCAGACGCUGAUGAUUAACCAGCUGAUAGAUAUGGAGUGGAAGUUUGGAGUGACUGCUGGGAGCAGUGAACUGGAAAAAGUGGGAAGUAUCUUCUUGCAGUUGAAGCUGGUGAUCAAAAAAGGGAGCCAAAUGGAAAAUGUAUACAUGGAGUUAACUUUGCCGCAGUUCUACAGUUUUUUGCAUGAGAUGGAACGGGUCAAAACCAGUCUGGAAAGCUUCAGUUGAAACUGCAUGGGCCUGAACAGACAUCUCUCCAGGAUGUUUAAUUUCUCCUUGUGGGCCUGCAGAUCUGCGCUUUCCCAGCUGACUUACAACUUGAUAAGAGAAGACAGUACCGUGUAGCAAGCACUGGUGUGAAGACCCAGAAGGACCCAUCAGUCCUUUAGUACCUGAAACUUCUGCAAGUGUUUUGAAGCAGCUACAAGAACAAGUCCAUUCACCUCUUUUUUAUACUGUUAUAAGAAAUUGUUGUCAGAGAUAUAUGGAUGCUUGUAUUGAAAUAGCAAAGAAAUAAACCCAUUCAUGUCCUCCUC